CUGAGAAAGGGAAAGCCUGUAUUCAAAGAUAAUGGUUAGGGUUAGAUCGAACGGUCACUCGAUUGAAUGAAAGGUUACUGCACUGUUUGACUGAUUGACUAAGACGGUUUCGCUUCUCUGACAGUUUUAAUAUCUCGCGCAAAGUUCUUUGAUUCGUAAGGCUUCAAGAACACGUAUGACAAUCACUAUGACCAGAAAGGAGGUUCUUGGCCUCUUGGUUCUGUUCAUCGUAUACGUAUUGAUAGGUGGAGCUGUUUUCAUGGCUCUUGAAGCUCCUUUGGAGGAGAAGAUGAGAGUGCAAUUAAAAGAUACCCGUAAAAAGUGGGAAGAUAGGCUUCUAGGAACGAAUCAUCCAAAUUUCACUAAAGGAGACAUGCAAAAACUUGUGCACCACCUAGCGGAAGCGAGGAGUAAAAACUUAAUGGACGAUUAUGGUAACAAUACCCACCUCAACUGGAGUUUCUACAAUUCCUUUUUCUUUGCAAUUACAGUCGUUACAACAAUAGGUUAUGGUCACUUAGCGCCAUCUACUGUCUCUGGAAGAAUCUUCUGUGUUUUUUACGCCAUGAUUGGAAUUCCUAUGACGGGCAUCCUCCUGGCGGCAAUCGGAGAUCAUUUCAGCAAACAAUUAAUCAAAAGUUUGGAGAGAGCUAAGAAAUUUCACAAUUCUAAGGUGGCACUGACUAUCAAUGCCUUCACUUUUCUACUGCCCUGGUUUAUUGUGUUUAUUAUUUUACCAGCAUGUAUCUUCAUGUUCAUCGAGCAGUGGACGUUUCUGGAGGGGAUUUAUUACUGCUUUAUCUCGCUAGCCACCAUUGGUUUUGGAGAUUAUGUAGCAGGUAACUUUUAUGGAGAUUACAUAUGGAUCUACAAAACUGGUGUGAUCUUCUGGAUCAUCUUUGGUCUGGGGUAUCUAGCAAUGAUUCUUAAUUACAUCUCUCGAGCCAUGAGGUGUAAGCAGAUUCGUCGAAUGGAACGUGGUCUUUCACUCAGAAUCAACUACACUCAGGAGAAGGUGGAGAAAAGAUUGGAUGACAUCCAUCAUCUCCUCCAGGAGUUUAUUGCCAAGAAAUCCAGGCGAAAACGAAAGCCACUCACUGGUUCAUUGUCCUUUGGAAAACCGAAUAAUCCUGACAGUCCUACCGGAAGUGACGAUACAGAGAGUCCUCAGGACAAGAAUGUGAAUGCAGAAGUUCACCUUCAGAGAUUAAUAAAACUUGUGGAAGCACUGAGACAUGAAACUAACAUUCAGAAUUCUUAUAACCAACAUCAUGGCACAUAUUUAGGACAAAUAGAAACUUUCGAUUCAUCAUCGUCCACACACCCCUUGUCGACUCGUCGUCACAGUCUACCAGUGUCUCUCCCUUUAGUCCAUAUUAAUAAUGGAACUGAAACUUCGGCCAUCAAGAAUAGAAGCCAGCUUGGAUUUCAUUCUUCUACACAUGUGUACAGUUCUGUAACUAAGCACGACAUGUUUCCUUUUCUUGUUGGAGGUUUUCUCGGGGUUCCUAAUGGAAACGGAGAAAUCUCGAAAUGUGGUUAUGAAGAUACUGCUCAAAGAAAUCACUCAACUUUUGAAAUAGAAAGCUUAAGAAGUACAAAUCCGUGAUACUUUCGCAUUUUGCAUAUCGCCAUUAACAUGGUAUUUGCAUUAAUAUUUCAAACUUUUUGUUUUUUUAUCUCAAAAAGAUGUCGAGGUUUUGGGAUGAACGCAAACCUCACCAAAUGUGCAUAUUUUUAGCGUUCAUCAUUUUUUUAGCUUGCAGUACGACAAAGUGAUAAAGCUAUUAUCUAUAAAUUCAAUGCAUAGUCUUUACUCAACAAAUAACAAAAGAUAAAAGAACAAAAUAACUGUAAUUCUGAAUAUAUUUUGGCCACAUUGUCUAACAUUUAAUGUUAUAGAGGUCUCUUUCAGUUAGAGAACUAAAAGGGUGAAAUAUACAUUCACAGAGUCAUGUUUAAGUUUUAUUCUUAAAAAUUAGGGUAUUUUGAAAUUACGUGGUCUUCCCAAAAAUUACAUUUCUUUUAUUUUUCUAUCUCUCUUUUUUUCUUUCUGUUGCUAUGAACAUGAAG